AUGGACCCCAACAGGACCACCACCAAGAGGCAGGGCCGCGGCCCGCUCGACUUCCUGCUGCGCCGCGGCGGGCGCCGCUCGCUCGACUCGGCGCCGGCGUCGCUCACGGCCGAGACGGCGCUCUCCAAGCCCGUGGUGCCGACGCACGCGCCUCCGCCGCCGCCCGCGUCGACCAAGCCGGCCUCGGACGUGCUGGCGGGGGCGCUGGCGCGCGCCGCGUCGCAGUCGACCAUCCACCCGCUCGACACCAUCAAGGUCCGCAUCCAGGCCGGCAGCCCGACCAAGCAGCUCGCCGUGGCCGCCGGCCUGUCGAAGACGUCGCGCCUGAUCCCGCCGGCGGGCGCGGUGGCGCGUGCCAAGGACGCCGUCACGCAGGCCGUGCCCGGCGUGCUGUCGCUCUACAAGGGCGUGCUCGGCGCGGCCUCGGGCGCGGGCAUCGCGAUCGGCGCGUACUUCGCGUGCUACGGCGUGGCGCACAACAUCAUCUCGACGAAGACGCAGCUGAAGCCCACGGCGGUGGCCUUCAGCGCGGGCGCCCUGGCCGCGGCCGGGUCGUCGGUCGUCAAGGUGCCGCUCGCGGUGUGCAUCCGCUCCGUCCAGGCGGGCGUGUACACCAACGUCUUCGAGGCGGCCGGGUCGAUCGUGCGCGCGGCGGGCGUGCGCGGCCUGUUCACCGGCUACCUCCCCACGGUGCUGGAGGACGUGCCCGACAUGGCCUUCAAGUUCGCGGCCUACGAGUCCCUGCGCUCCCUCGCGCGCCGCGUGCGCCCCGAGCGCGCGGCGACGCCGCAGGAGGACUUCGCCAUGGGCCUGCUCGCCGGCGCGUUCGCGGCCGCGGCGACCACGCCCCUGGACGUGGUCAAGACCAACAUGAUGGUCUCGGCGUCCUCGCGGCCCAGCAUGGCUUCCGCCGCGCUGCGCGUGUGGCGCCAGGGCGGCAUGGCGGCGUUCUUCGGCGGCGUCCAGGCGCGCGCCCUCUCGCAGGGCAUGAACAGCGCCAUCUUCUUCUGCUUCUUCGAGGCCCUGUCGCGCACCUUCAAGCAGCGCGUCGCCGCCGCCAAGCAGCAGGCCAAGGUGGCCGAGAUCAGCGCGCCCAAGGCCGCCCACGCCAGGACGCGCGCCCCGGCGCCCCAGGCGGCCAGCAUCACUGGCUCCCUGCUGGGGCGCGUCGCGCCGCCCCUCGACGCCAAGGCCGACAGCGCCCUGCUGCUGAACUGA